AUGGCUACCGGAGAUGCGAAAGAAAGUAGAGACAUUCCACCGGGUACUAAAGUGGUUUGUACAACUUGCUUAGAUGAAAAGAUUGAAGGAGAAGUUGUGGCAUUUGACUACGGAGCCAAAGUUUUGAUCAUAAGUAUCCUUUUUCAUUCCGAUGAGUUGUGUUUGGCAGUGAAGUAUCGUAUGUAGUUGGUCGAUAGACACAUGAAUGUGUCUUUUGAAAAGUUUUUUCCUUGUUUGUCAUAACAAUUCAAUUUUUCAUGUUUAGUGAUCAAGAGAGUUGUAGGAAAAGUUAUCAUCGAUGUUACUACUUUUUUAUCUUUCUGCAAAUGUCAGAAUUUACGCUUAAUCAUGUACAACUUCAACUUAACUUCGUGUUUGACUACAAGGAGAACUUUGUUUCCUUCUUUGAAGAUCAAGAGACGGGUUUUUUGAGAAAUUUUAUUCCAUAACAAAAGAUCCUAUGAAAAAAAGAUUUUCAUUUUUUGAUCCUUCGAUAUGAUCUGAUGUGUUCGGAAACUAAAAAAAUAACAAAUAAGCAAGCACGUAGCUAAAAGGUUGACCUUAAAUUUGUUAUUACUUUGAGUAGUUGAGCUUAUAAUUAAAGCUUACCCAAGCCGAAAAGAAAUCUAAAAUUUCUUUACGUUACGUAAGAUCAUCCGGAAAGGAAGAAUUCAAGAGAGAGCUUUAAUAUCGGAACAGCAGACUCAUUAAAUUAAGCAGUUGCUAAUUUGAGUUUCUCAUUUUAUAUGCAGCUGAGAAUAGUUUUUGAGAGUCGAGGCCCUUGCUUUCAGGAUUAAUUCUUAAAGUUGGUGUCGGGGGAAAAAAGUGGGUAACAACACCUGUAUCGAAAAUGCAUUUUAUAGGAGAAUAAAAUUAUUUUAUACCAUGCAAUACUUUAAGUAUUGCAUAAUAGGUUAUGUUUUUGUUUAUGUGCUUAUGACGGUAUAAAGUGGAUGAAUUUUGACUGUACAAAAUUCGACAUGCAACAUAUCAUCUUCCUUUUGCAACAUGGAAUCCGUCUGCAAAAAAAAUGUCCAUGGUUGAAUGAAAAAAAAGCUGGCACUGUUCAACUAUGUAAAUGCUGAUUUAAGUUCAAGGUUGCCGGCCAGGCAAUAUUUCCAAUUAAACUGACUUGAAAAGUGAAAAUCUUGACAUUUUGCUUUUGAAUAAAUAGCAAACAGAAAGAACUAAAACUAUUUGGUCAUCUUACGAUGGAAGUAAAUUUUAUUAAUUUUUAUAUUCAUGUAUUUACUUUUAUAAGUAAUAUCCAUGGUGACAUAAAAGAUUCAAAAGUUGGCAGCAUUCAAGAUGGUAUAAGCUGUAACCAUGGAUUUUUGUUUAGAUGGCCAGAAUGUUACAGUUAACACACUGGUGUAAAUUGGUUGAUGUAAAGUAAUAAAUUAAAUCAAGUUAAAAAGCUAAAAAUGUUACAUGACGUUCAGACAACUUCCUGUAAUCUUUUUAUUUCAUUAGGGUUAGGGUGUGAAAGCUGUAUUAAUUAUUGGUUCCCCAUAAGCUCUGGUGACUAGCAAAAGAAGUGCUGGCUACUCACAGAAGAGCUGGUGAAAAAUAAUUGCUUUGAACUAAAAAUCUCACGCUUUUGAAAACAUAAAUGUUUGGACUUGGAAAGUCACAGAGGGUAAUUAUUGUGACAUGUAGCUCCUUCAUUGAAAUUUGGAAAUAUCAUCUGAUUAGUUUGAUGAAUCCUUAAUAUGUUGUAGAAUCAACAAAAAAUACCAAGAAAAAUGUGACAGACAUUAAGAUGCUGAACAUAGGUCUUAUGAAAAGCCUUGAAGUUAUUGAACUGUCCACAAAACCAGCACAGUCACUACCUAUCGUAGAUGUGGAAAAACUUGAUAAGAAAAUAAAUACUGCUCUGGAGCAAAAACGACGGGCAGCAGACAAAAUUGGAAUCAAUGUGACACCAGGAGCACAAAAGCUGUUUGAUACCAUCAAUAAAACGUAAGUUUGAUGUGUUUAUUCUUGGAAAAUUUUCGCCUUGCAAGGCACAAAUCCACACUGGCCUCCACCAUUUUACAGAAAUCUGUCAGAUUUUUCAUAAUAAAUAUGUUUUUAAUAAUAAAAAACACUUUCCAAGUUGAAAUCUGGCCAUUAUCCCAUGUGAAUGACUCAGAAACCCAGGAAAGGGGUCUUAUAGGAGUUAAAAAUCCAAAAACUUUCCUGGAGGAGCCCCGUACCCCCUAGAAGCUUGCACCUUUGGCACUCAUUUUGGAGAUCAGUCAGUAUUUAUCCUAGAUCCAUACCAGCUUGAAAGACACACAAUAAUUCCAACUUCAAGGAACAUGUUACAAUGAUAAAUUAUUUUAACAUGUUCCUUGAAGUCGGAUAAUUUUCCACACAAAAGGCACAGUAAAUCUUUCAUCGAUUUGCUUUGAUUUUAACAUAAUUUUUUUAACACCAUCAAGUUGAAAUUACAAUACAGAGCUGCAAAUAAUGAAAGAGUUGCAUUUUGGAGUAGUUCUUGCCAGUGCAUAAUACAGCUCUGGACUGAAUGGGUUGAAAAAAUGCACAGUGUACUUUAACAUGAAAUUUUUUUCCCUCUCAAUACUGUGUAACUGAAUAACAAUUUGAAAGUCCCUAACAUCUCUGCUUCUUAUUUGUUUGUUUGUUUUGUUUUACCAACAGUUUUAAUGAUGUUAAGUGGGACGGUCAAACCAUUGUUGUCAUGGGUGACUUAAAAAUUGAACCACCGUACAAGGAGAGUACUUGCUAUGGCAAUGAAAAAUCACGAGAACACAUCAUCAAGAUCGUAAGUAAUUCUUGUUUUUCAGGAAACUGA